UAGACUGUCACAUUACAGUUUGGGUCAAAUGCAAAACAUGAAUUCCUCAUUUCACCAAAGGCCUAGAGUUGGGCUGUGAGAUCUAACAAUGCAACACAAAGUAGGCCUAUUAGGCCCAUAACGGACAUUCAACUAGUUUUAUAAUUAACAAGUGGUCAUAUGUUAUGGCUUUAUUUGGAGCAUGUCAAUGUUUUUACUUUUUCAACUAGGAAGGAAAUAUAGAACAAGAUGGAAAUAGGACAAGACGGAUAUAACAAAAAAAUGUCGUGAUAUCAAAAGGUCUGGCGUACAAAGUGGGACACUAUCUAAACGGGCACUUGACUUGAAGAGGUCUGUUUGUGAAGACACCGAAUGACGGCUGCCACAGACAGGCCGUCCUCUCUUGACUAUAUAAACAUCUAUCAAUGGCUGACAUAUGUUGAUUGUUUAAGAGUUUCUUUUGACUCGAGACAUGUGAACCUACUGAUAGAACCUACAGUUUAAAAGAGAUUUAAAAUAAUAAAACAGAAACAAUGCUUUGAAUAGACAACUUCUCUGUUCAAUGAAGUGAAUUAUACAGAAAAUUCCUGCUCCCUUGGAACUACGGCGCUUAAAACUAUGGCACUCCCAUAUUUCUACAUCUACAGGUCCGUCGAAAGUUGAUUGACUAGCAGUAAAAGGCAACAAAUGUGGAGCCUGGAGGCUGUAAGGCGGACAGGAAGACAACAUGGCACACCAAUGACAAAAAUUGAAUAAACAAUAUUUAAAAAAAAUGAAGUUUUGUUGUUUUCUAUGUUUGUCAUAAUCUGUCUCUCUUUCUAUCUUCCACUCUCUCUCUCUCUCUCUCUAUCUACCUGUCUAUCCAUCCAUCUAUCUAUCUAUCUAUCUAUCUAUCUAUCUAUCUAUCUAUCUAUCUAUCUAUCUAUCUAUCUAUCUAUCUAUCUAUCUAUCUACCCAGCCACUUUGUAUUUAAUGCAUACAGCCUGUAAUUCCAUUGAAUGAUUGCCUGUGUUUCAAAAUGUUUGAGAGCGCCCCCGUGCAGUAUGUUGGUAACGGCGUCAUUGUCUUGCGGCUCUGUGAGAACAUGAUUGGAGCUAUGUAGCGAGCAUUAAGUCUGUUUCUGGUCAUCGGAAAUGUGUGAGAUUGUGUCUGAUCAAACUAGGUGUGUUCUUAAGUAUGGUCAAACUAGAUGUGUGCGUGUGUGUGUUUGCGUUUGAUGAAACUAAAUGUGUGUUCUUGGGUCUGGUCAAAGUAGAUUUGUGUACACGAAUGCAUGUGUUUUGUCAUGUGAUUUUCUCGUCAGCAUGUGUUAAUUCUGUUACUGUAUUCGUUAGUCGUAUUGUCAUCACCCAUAGUGUCACUAUUAUAAAAUAGUGUAAGUUAUAUUCUUAACAGAUUCACUAAACACUAAAUGUAUUACUUUUUUUUUCCAGCCAGUGAGACUACUGAAGCAUAUAUUGGUAAAACAGAGAUUCCUUCUGAAAAGAUUGGUGCAUGCUUAGCUGCUCAGGAAUAUGGCGUCUCUUUUCCAGAAACUAUCGCUGGCGGUUUGUCCACUGUCGCAUGUUCACCAAGGUACACAGGAACAGUCAAUAGGUUGUGUAACAAGGGAGGUAACUGGGAAUACCCAAGUUUUAGAGACUGUUUACCCAUCUCUCUUCAGCAGCUCCUACCACUGCUCUCAAGACUGGCUGAACUGAAGAAUGAGUCCGACUACAGAGCCCAAGAAGCCAUCUCCAACGUAACAGAGAGUGUGUUUGAAUACUUCAGAAGUAACCCAAGGAUAUUAUCAGGAGAUAUUAAAGCAAUAAUAGAAAUAUUGUUUGAAAUGACCAUUGCACUGAAAGGACACAAGUUAAUUGCUACAAAGCAGUUGGUCGAGGGACAAAUAGAUCAAAUUGACAAGAUACUUUCAGUUGAUGCCAAAGAAUGGCGCGAUCUGUCAAAGGGAGUGAAAUCGAAUAACACUAGCGACCAGUUGUUAUUGUCCUUAGAAUAUCUUCUUCAAACCUUUAUAAUUUCGGAGAACAACACUGACGUGACAUUUAGUAAAGAUUAUCUCGAUGUAACAACUAAAACACAACGAAACAAUCCUCUGAUUUACCCACAAGCCAAUAAUGGCAGCUUUGAGGACACAGACAAUGAGAUAAUAUUUUAUCACAGUGAACAUGAAAUAUAUCGAUACUCAAUAAUAGUGUAUAAACAUAUCGCAGGAAAGUUGGCAGUCAAGAUGUUUGUGGACAACAGAGUGGACAGGGCACUGAGACCUGAACCAACAGAUAAAUUGUUUAAUUCUGACAUCAUAUCUUUCUCUGUUGUACCAAACACAAAACCCGAGACUUUAGCAAGCAGACCAGUUCAGAUAACGUUCAAGAUAUAUAAUACAAGUACCCCAAAACAGAUCUGUGCCUAUUUAUGGGAGAACAACAAUGAAAGCUACUGGGCAACCCACGGAUGUGAGACAGAAACAAGGGAAGAUAAUGUGACCUGUAGAUGUUCACAUCUUACAAACUUUGCUGUGCUCAUGUCUCCCUUUGAGCCUGACGUCACUCAUACAAGUGUCUUGCAAUUUAUUUCUGCUGUUGGCAUAGCUAUCUCCCUUAUUUGUUUGGUGGUUACCAUAACGAUAUACGUCAUCAUGUGGAGGUAUAUCAAAAGUGAUGCAAUCAUCCUGCACCUCAAUCUUAGUGUCUCAUUGUUUCUGGGAUACAUUAUCUUUCUUUUGGGCGUGACCAGGACACACAACUCUGUCACGUGUGCCGUUGUCGCUGUGCUGUUACAUUAUAUAUUUCUGGUGGUUUUCUUCGUAAUGCUGGCACAGGGGUUGUUGGUACUCAAGUCAGUCAUUUCCCUGUCAUCCAGCUCUAUAGUCAAAUAUUUGUUUCCUUUGAUGUAUGGUGUACCUUUAAUCAUUGUCAUCGUGUCAGUGUCAGUGACAGGAGCUGAUGGAUAUGGCAAUGCCAAAAUGUGCUGGCUCGAUAACAGUCAAGGUCUCUUGUGGGCAUUUGCUGCACCAGUUUGCACCGUUUUGUUGGCGAACUUUAUUGUUCUUAUUGUGGUAUUGAGAACUAUGCAAACAUCUCACGCCUUGAUGACUAAAGAGUUAAACAUUAAAAUUAAGUCAAUAAUUAGGUCAGUCUGUAUUCUGUCUCCAAUCUUAGGCAUUACCUGGGCAUUUGGUGUGCUGGCCAUUAGUCUUGACCAAGUUGCUUUCCAAUAUCUCUUUGCCAUUAGCAAUUCACUUCAGGGUUUGUCCAUCUUUCUAUGUCAGUGCAUCCUUCAACACCAAGUAUUUGAUGGACUUAGAGCAAUUAUACGUAGACAUCGCGCGGCUAGACUGGACUCAACGUCAAAAUUGACCAAUACUUCAAUGCAGGACAAAGUGUUUUCAGACUCUACAUUGCAGAGAACAACAAACUCAACAGAGACUGAAACUCUAAGUAAAGAAACAGUCACUUGCGAUGAGAAGUCACUAUAAAAAUGUCAUACAAUUGAACAUUUCAUAACAUUUAAACCAUUAUAUUAUGUGCGACAGAGCUCGUCUGCAGCACAUCAACAUAUAGUGCCAGACUAAACCUGAGAAACAGUUUGUUGUAAGACGGGUGUGAAUGUAUGUACAUAUAUACUUAAGGUUUUGUAUAUAGGUAUAUGAAUGUAUUAAAGCUAAUUAUUUAUUUCUCUUUUUUUUUUCGUUUUACUUGACAGAUGUUACAAUCAGACUUAUUAAACAUUUACAAUAAUAUAGAA